UCGCUUCCGGGCCCGGGCGCCAUUUCUAGCGGUUGCGGUUUCUUACGGGUUGUAUUCUGCCAGGACAAUGAGCUAUGACUACCAUCAGAACUGGGGCCGCGAUGGAGGGCCCCGCAGCUCCAGUGGGAACUAUGGAGGGGGUCAUCGAGGGGGCCACGGAGGGAGCCGAGGCUCCGGAGGCGGCGGCGGAGGAGGGGGUGGUCGUGGCGGCAGGGGCCGGCAUCCCGGGCACCUGAAAGGCCGCGAAAUCGGCCUGUGGUACGCGAAAAAACAGGGACAGAAGAACAAGGAAGCGGAAAGACAGGAGAGAGCUGUAGUACACAUGGAUGAAAGACGAGAAGAACAAAUUGUACAGCUACUGAAUUCUGUCCAGGCUAAGAAUGAUAAAGAUUCAGAAGCAAUCAGGAACAAAUCGUAUAUCGACCGAGAUUCUGAGUAUCUCUUGCAAGAAAAUGAACCAAAUGUAACCUUAGACCAACAAUUAUUGGAAGAUUUACAAAAGAAAAAAAAUGACCUUCGGUAUAUUGAGAUGCAGCAUUUCAGAGAAAAGCUGCCUUCAUAUGGAAUGCGAAAGGAAUUGGUGAAUUUAAUUGAUAACCAUCAGGUAACUGUAAUAAGUGGUGAAACUGGUUGUGGAAAAACCACUCAAGUUACUCAGUUCAUUUUGGAUAACUACAUUGAAAGGGGAAAAGGAUCUGCUUGCAGAAUAGUUUGUACUCAGCCAAGAAGAAUUAGUGCCAUUUCAGUUGCGGAGAGAGUGGCUGCAGAAAGAGCAGAAUCUUGUGGCAAUGGUAAUAGUACUGGAUACCAAAUUCGUCUCCAGAGAGUUCAGCCUGGACAUUGCUAUCAUCUUUAUAAUGGUCUUAGAGCAAGUCUUCUAGAUGACUAUCAACUGCCAGAAAUUUUGAGAACUCCUUUGGAAGAGCUUUGUUUACAAAUAAAGAUUUUAAGGCUAGGUGGAAUUGCUUAUUUUCUGAGUAGGUUAAUGGAUCCACCAUCAAGUGAGGCAGUGUUGCUCUCCAUAAGACACCUGAUGGAACUGAAUGCUUUGGAUAAACAGGAAGAAUUGACACCUCUUGGAGUCCACUUAGCACGAUUACCAGUUGAACCACAUAUUGGAAAAAUGAUUCUUUUUGGAGCUCUGUUCUGUUGCUUAGACCCAGUACUCACUAUUGCUGCUAGUCUCAGCUUCAAAGAUCCCUUUGUCAUUCCAUUGGGAAAAGAAAAGAUUGCAGAUGCAAGAAGAAAAGAAUUGGCAAGGAAUAGUAGAAGUGACCACCUAACAGUUGUGAAUGCAUUUGAGGGCUGGGAAGAAGCUAGGCGACGUGGUUUCAGAUACGAAAAGGACUAUUGCUGGGAAUAUUUUCUGUCUUCAAACACACUGCAGAUUAGAGAAUUUUCUAUUCAUCCUAAAUCUGUUAAUGUGGAGCAAACAGACUUUCAUUACAACUGGCUUAUCUAUCACCUGAAGAUGAGAACAAGUAGUAUAUACUUGUAUGACUGCACAGAGGUUUCCCCAUAUUGUCUCUUGUUCUUUGGAGGUGAUAUUUCCAUCCAGAAGGAUAACGAUCAGGAAACUCUACAAGAGAAGAUCGAAAGUCCUCAUCCUGUAGACUGGAAGGACACUAAAUCCAGAGACUGUGCAGUACUGUCAGCUAUUAUAGACUUGAUCAAAACACAGGAAAAGGCCACUCCCAGGAACUUUCCACCACGAUCCCAGGAUGGAUAUUACAGCUGACAACUUUUCUGUGGUGGUCUGAAAAGCCAAUUUGACAGCCAUCUCCAUCAUAGUUUUAAAUUUUGGGUUAGAUGCCAAACCCUGGGACAUGACUGAUCUUCAUGUGUAAGGUAGAACUCUUCAGUAGGUAGUAAAGACUUAAUGUGCAUGACUUAAUGGUGUCUGUAGCUAUUAUAAAUAGACCAUAAAAAGCAGUAUGUUUCUCUGUUCUCUGUUGUGGUCAUGUCCACUCUUUGGGACUAUAUUCCCCUUAUAUAUAUUAAAUGUUGUACCACUUGAGAAAUUCCUUAAUUCUGUUAUACAAAAUUAAUCUUUCUAUCCAUAAUGACUGAGUAUAGACCCAGUAAAAACAGAAUGGUCAGCCAAAAAGCUGCGUCAAGUAAGAAUUUGAACACAACCAUAUUUUUUAAAAUGAAACUUCUGUGAGAAGUAAAUGAAUUUGUUGUAAUAAAGCCCAGUAUUUAAUAAAAUGUACAAUGUGUAAAUCUCA